UUUUUUUGUCUUCGUUCCCAUUCUUUUUCUCCAGUUGUGUGAACAUUAAUUUCAGUAUCGCACUCAAAACAACAGCUGACUGCAUUUUCUUUUUCUUUCUUUUCUAACAGCUCCAAUAAUAUUAAUAUAAUACAAUACCACCAAAUCUUGACUUAAUUUCCCAACAAAGUUACAACACCGCCGGCCGCCGACAGUCGCCGGCGAAGAAGAGAAGAGAAAGAGAGAUGGAGAAGCAGAGAAGCUUUUCCGUAAAACCCAUCAGAUUUUUUCUGGUUAUCUCAGUCACCAUCUCCUUCUCUGUAAUAUUCCUCAUCUUCUUCUCCACUUGGGUUAUCAAAACCUCCCCUCCACUCUACGGUGGACCCCACAAUCUCACCGUACAGACUUUCAACCCCACUUCGGAAUACGUGCUCAAGAAUUCAAUCCUGGCCGGCCGCCGCCGUUUUGGUGGUGAUAAUUCUUCUUCACAAAUAUUUACAGAAAUUACUGGUAAUUCCACUUCGCCUCCUUUUAGUACUGAUAAAUCAAGUGUGGGCGAUGAAUCUGAAGAUACUGAUGUAAUAACAUCAGCAGCAAGUGGCGGUGGUGCUGAAGAAUUUCAUGAGUUGAACAAUGUAAUAGUCAAAGGAGGUAAUAAUAAUAAUAAUACAGUAGUUGGAAAUGUGAAGAAGGUAGAUUGUGACAUGUCAAAGGGGAAGUGGAUAAUUGAUGAAAGCUAUCCAUUAUACAAUAAUUUUAGUUGCCCCUUUAUAGAUGAAGGUUUUAAUUGUGUCGGCAAUGGUAGAUUCAACAAUGAUUACAUGAAUUGGAGAUGGCAGCCUCAACAUUGUCAAAUUCCUAGGUUUAAUGCAACGAAAAUGCUGGAAUUGAUCAGAGGGAAGAGGCUAGUGUUUGUCGGUGAUUCGAUCAAUAGAAAUCAAUGGGAAUCCAUGCUUUGUUUGUUGAUGGGAGGUGUUAAAGAUCCGAAGAAGGUAUACGAGGCUCGUGGGAGGAAGAUAACUAAGGAGAGGGGGACUUAUUCUUUCAAGUUUGAGGAUUAUAGAUGUACGGUUGAGUAUUAUGUUUCGCAUUUUCUAGUGCACGAGAGUAAGGCAAGAAUAGGCAAGAAAAGAACUCAGUCGUUGCGUAUCGAUACUAUAGAUAAAGGGUCGUCGAGAUGGAGAGGGGCCGAUAUUCUAGUGUUCAACACUGCACAUUGGUGGAAUCAUCACAAAACGAAAGCCGGGAUUAAUUACUACCAGGAAGGCGACCAAGUUCAUCCAAAACUCGAUGCUACAGAGGCUUUCAGAAGAUCUUUAUCAACAUGGGCAUCAUGGAUCGAUAAGAACAUCAAUCCACACAAAACUCGAAUAUUCUUUAGAAGCUCCGCACCUUCUCAUUUCAGUGGAGGUCUGUGGAAUACCGGUGGCCAUUGUAAGGAAGCUUUUCGACCCAUUAACGAAACAUUUACCUCGACAGAUUACCCAGAGAAGAAUUUGGUCAUAGAGGAGACGAUAAGCAAGAUGAGAAACCCCGUUACGUUUCUGAAUAUAACACGUUUAUCAGAUUAUAGACCCGAUGCUCACCCGUCAAUAUACGGAAGAAAAACCAUAAAUCCAGGUGUCCAAGACUGCAGCCAUUGGUGCCUUCCUGGUGUUCCAGAUAACUGGAACCAAUUGCUCUACUAUUAUUUGCAAUCAAGUACAAAAUCCAAUUUUGUCGACUAGAAAUCGAGAAUAGUAUAUGUUUGUACAUAGAAUAUACCAAGCAGGCUAAACUUUUAUUCAUAUGCAUAUUGUGAUUAUUGUCUAUAGCAGCU